AAAGAACCGAAGCCUGGAUGCUUUCGUAAUGUUUUUGCUGUUUGGUUUCGUUCUUCAAGAUGGCGACAAGCUUCAAAGUGAGUCUGCAAUGUUCUGUCAAGAUUCAUCGGAGACGAAGAGACUGUAUGGUUAAACAGUCCCGGUCUGAUGUCGCUAAGCUCCUUGAUAGCGAUCGCUUACAGGAAGCACGUCGUAAGACGAGGCAAUCCUACGAGGACGAGAAAAUGUUAUCAGCUUAUGAUCAAGUCGACUACUUCUGCACGUCCAUAUUACAGAAUUUUUCUCCUUUAGAUCGUCAAAGCGAUGUUCAUCUCUUACCAGAAGAAACUAAAGAAGCAAUGGCUGGACUGAUAUUUGCUGCAUCAAGAAUCGGCGAGCUUAAGGAGCUUCAAAUCAUAAGGAGCUUGCUUGUUCAAAGAUUUGGGCUUGGGUUUGACAAAGAUUGUGUAGAUUUGCGUCCAGGACACUUUGUGAGUUCGGAGAUAGUGAAGAUUCUAGAGACGAAGUAUUCGAGAGAUGCAUUUAGUCCGGAGAACCUAUUGGGAAUUUUCCAAAACUACCAAACCAGCAGUACCACUGCUAAUGUGGAUCCAAUAACUAAAGAUUCAGCUUCACGUGAUGAUCAUGGCAUUGCCCGUUCUGAUACAGCGAAAAAGAGAAACCAAAAACGGGUGUUAGGAGAAAGGAAGUUAUGA